GCCUUGCAAUGCCUAAGAAAAGGAAUGGACCACAAGUGCCGCGCCCCUUGUUCUCUUCCGAGCCUCCACAAUGAAUCCGCCAGCUCUUCAAAUACGACGGCCGCGAUCGGUUUCUCGAGCUCAAAGCCACAGAAAUUGAGACACCUCUCUUCUAUAUAAUAGACCCCAUAAUCGCGCCGCAGCACAUACUGCUUUCGCAUCCUUCUCCUGCUAUCGAUUCUUUGUCGAUUCCUUCAAAGAGCAAUGGCGAAGAUUGCAUCAAUCAAGGCCAGGCAGAUCUUCGAUAGCCGUGGAAAUCCUACUGUUGAGGCGGAUGUUGUCCUCACUGAUGGAACCCUUGCAAGAGCUGCAGUGCCGAGUGGGGCCUCUACAGGUAUAUAUGAAGCUUUGGAACUUAGAGAUGGAGGAUCUGAAUAUCUUGGAAAGGGCGUUCUUAAGGCUGUUCAGAAUGUCAAUGCCAUCAUUGGUCCAGCUUUGAUUGGCAAGGAUCCUACAGAACAAACACAGAUUGAUACUUUCAUGGUGCAAGAGCUUGAUGGGACCUCUAACCAGUGGGGUUGGUGCAAACAAAAGCUCGGUGCAAAUGCCAUACUGGCGGUGUCUCUUGCUGUUUGCAAAGCUGGAGCUUCAGUGAAGAAGAUUCCUCUCUACCAGCACAUUGCCAAUCUUGCUGGAAACAAGAAUCUGGUUUUGCCUGUUCCAGCAUUCAAUGUUAUUAAUGGAGGGUCUCAUGCCGGAAACAAGCUUGCCAUGCAGGAAUUUAUGAUUCUUCCUGUUGGAGCAACCUCAUUCAAGGAAGCCAUGAGGAUGGGCGCUGAAGUAUAUCACCAUCUAAAGGCCGUAAUUAAGAAGAAAUAUGGUCAGGAUGCCACAAAUGUUGGGGAUGAAGGUGGUUUUGCACCUAAUAUUCAGGAGAACAAGGAGGGUCUUGAAUUGUUGAAGACUGCUAUUGCUAAGGCUGGCUAUACUGGAAAAGUUGUCAUUGGAAUGGAUGUUGCUGCCUCAGAGUUUUAUGGCGAUAAGGAUCAGACUUAUGAUCUUAAUUUUAAGGAGGAGAACAAUGAUGGUUCUCAGAAGAUAUCAGGAGAUAGCCUUAAGGAGGUUUACAAAUCCUUCGCAUCUGAAUACCCAAUUGUAUCCAUCGAGGACCCAUUCGAUCAGGAUGAUUGGACCCAUUAUGCAAAAUUGACUGAGGAGAUUGGUCAGCAUGUGCAAAUUGUUGGAGAUGAUCUCCUUGUCACUAACCCCACUCGUGUUGCCAAGGCAAUCCAAGAAAAAACUUGCAACGCACUUCUUUUGAAGGUGAACCAAAUAGGCUCAGUCACAGAGAGUAUUGAAGCUGUGAAAAUGUCCAAGCAAGCUGGGUGGGGUGUAAUGGCAAGCCAUCGGAGUGGUGAAACCGAGGAUACUUUCAUUGCUGAUCUUUCCGUAGGCUUGGCAACAGGCCAAAUCAAGACUGGUGCUCCAUGUCGUUCAGAACGCCUUGCCAAGUACAAUCAGUUAUUGAGGAUUGAGGAAGAACUGGGUGAUGCGGCAGUUUAUGCUGGAGCUAAGUUCAGAGCUCCUGUGGAGCCCUACUGAGAGUACUCAAAUGAGUACUAUUCGCAUUUUUGUUGGAGUUUGGAGUCAUUUUGGCCAAGUUAUGAAAAAUAAAAGAUGUCUCUUUUGAUGCUGGAGACAUUAUGUGAUCAUUUUGCUGAUACUAUAUAAUUUAUCCCACUUUUUUUUCUUUUUCCUGUUCUGUCCUGUUCUAAUAAGUGUGCAAUAAAGUUGUUAGCUUUUGAUUGCAUUUCAUAAAAAUAA